UGCUCGUUUACCGAUCACAGACAGUGUGUGUACUUUUUAUUUGGUAAAGAAUAGCAAUGCUUUAGAAAGCUAAUGUGCUUUUUAAUGGUAUUCGAUCAGCAGAUACUCAAUUGUUUGAUCAUGAAUUCUAAAAACGAAACUCCACUAAUAACUGGUAAAGUUCUGCUCACAGGCCUACAAAAAUGUAAGGCUGAGAAUGAAAAUGAGACAAAUAAAGUAUAUUCAAACGUCAAAAACCCUCAAUUAAACGUCGAUAUUGGUAAAAAUUCUCAAGAAGCUACUGCGUGGGAUACUGUGACAGAAGUAGGUAAUGAACUUUCUGUUCAAAAUGAAGAUCAAUCAAAUUUUCAAAAUAUUGCGUCCCACAUAGAGGAGAAUAUUGUUAGUAUUCCACCUGAUCUUUCAGAACAGGAUACUAUAAAUAAAUCUGAAGAAAGUAACAUACUUGAAAAUGCCAGUACAGAAUCUCACCUAGAUAUAUCAGAUUCGCUACAAGUUGUGGAUUCUGGACAUACGAACAAAGAAAGCAAGACUUCAGACUUUGAAAGUUAUUCUGUGCCGGAAACAGCUGGGGGUGUAUCUAAAGGUUUAGAUGUAUUACCGAAUGUAGAUGUAGAAUCUCCAGAUUCUGUUUUGCAGCAGUCGAGAAUAAAUGCAGGUGAAGAUUUAGUGUCAAGAACAAAUGUGAAUGAAGAUUUUCCUUCAAGGUUAAAUGCGGAUGACGAUUCGGCAUCUCGAAUGAAUGUGGUCAACGAUUCGGUGUUGAAAAUGAAUGUUGACGAAGUUGAUUCCAACCUUUGCGCAGAAAAAUCUAAAAAUUCAAAUAUAGCUGAUGCUGAUCAAGCUAAAAAAGAAAGUAUCGAUGUACCUGACGGCUCCGUUCAUGAUUCUCCGAAGCCUAUGGAAAUUCAUUCUCGUGAAUUAGGUAUGUCAAUGGAUUUGAUUAAUAUUAAUGAGGAUUUCAAAAGUAACGAAGUGACAGCUGAAAUUGAAAAAGAUGUAAUCACCAAUACUGCGAGUUUAGGGAAAAGUAAUAAAUUAUCUCAAGAAAUAUUAGAAUGUGAUAAAUCGCCAAUGGUUGUAGAUGAAAUUACAGAUGCCGCUGACAAAGAAAGUUCAUCUGGAAAAAUUUCCAACGAACGCGUGAAUACCGAGUUUGUACAAAUUACUCAAGAUAAACAAGAUGAUUCUCAAAUUGAAAGUCAUUCAAUUGAAGCUGAAGAUCCAUUUGGUGGAGAUAAUCUUAACACAGAUAAUUCGGAACAAAUGGAGACCGAAGCCAUUUCAAAAAACAAAGCCAAUUUUGAGAAGUUAGGUAGUGUGGCAGAUAAUCUACAGGAUGUGGUGAACGCAAAGAAAGAUCAAACUGCUGUGAAUUGCGAGAAAGAAAAAUCGCAUCUUGAGAGUUCUCUGAAACCUAAUGAUACUAUUGUUACUACUUCUAGUGAAAAUAAUGAAAACAGCGUUGAUUCACUAGCAGUUGGAGUAAUCAGUGAAUUCGAAAAAGCAGAUGAAAAAUCCUCUGAGACAUUUGAAACGAAAUUGGCGGUGGCUGGUGACGAGAAAGAAAAAUCUAACGAGAAAGAUAAGCUGAAAGACAAAACUAUCUUGAAUGUAGAGAGUGAACCAUCAGUUUUACCAGGACAAGAUGACGAAUUGUGCAUUAUUCCUGAUUCGAUGAAAGACCUAGAGGUGGAGAAAAAAGAUGAGAUUGGCACUAAUGAAUCCGAAAAAGCCAACAAUAAUUCAGGGGACAAUAAGCAAAUUGAUUCAGAAAAGCCUAAUCUUGCUAUUACUGUUUUUAAGGACGCGAAAGAAGUAACAGCUAAUGCAGUUGCAAGUACAGAAGUUUCAAUUGAAGAGAUAACCACGAUUCAACACCCAGUAGAAAUCGCGCAGUCUAUAACUGAUGUUAUAGACGUGGAGGAAGAUUCGGAAAAGAGUUCAGAAGUCGAAGAAAUCUCGUCAACAGAAUCCUGUAAGCAAUGCAAUGAAGUUAAAAAUUGUAAAAUAAAAGUUAAAGUAGGUUCCGAACUGUUUAGUGUAUGUUCUAAGGCUUGCAAAUCAGCUUUUAAAUCUGCAAACAAUAAAGCCAUGGACAUUCCAAGUGAUGGAGUAAAUUCAAAGAGAGAAAAGCGUUGUGCCAGUUGUUUAUUGAUAAUAGAACCUGGUGACGAGCGUUGUCUUUCAUGGGAGACAAUGGAAUUUUGUCAUGAAGAAUGUUUAGGAAAGUUUCAGACCAAAUAUGGAAGUUAUUGUAGAAAUUGUAAUGGUUCAGUUCAAGCUGUCAGUUUGGGAAAGUAUUGUGUGCGAUUCGGAUAUGAUGUUCGGCAGUUUUGCUGUUCAAUAUGUUUAGAAGAAUUCAAAAAAGGCCUUAAAGUUUGCACGUAUUGUCAAAAAGACAUAAGUGCAGGAACAGAAGGUUUUUUAGCACCAGUGGGCGACAAAGGUCAAUUUAAAGACUUCUGUACUCAAGAUUGCAUGGAAAAAUACUCCAGAAUGAGUUCCACUGAAGCACCACUUGUCGAGAAGAAGGCUUGCAGCGUCUGUCAAGAGGAAAAAAUCGUUCAUUGUGAAGUCCAAAUAGACCGAGCAGUUCCUGUAGCCAUAUGCAGUGAUCCUUGUUUCGCAGCUUUCAAGUUCGUGAACAAAGUGGAUCCUGACCAAUGUUCAACAUGCAAAAAGUUCUUUGAACUACCCAACAAAAAAAGUUUUGUUGUAUUCUACGAAAACGAUGCUCACACAUUUUGUACCAAGACAUGCUUAAAUAUAUUCAUUAUUACCAACCGAAAAAUCGUUCCUUGUAGUUGGUGCAAAGUGAAAAAGUACAACUUCGAUAUGAUUAAGAAGGAACUGAAGACUGGGCAAGUGAUGAUGAUGUGCAGUUUAAACUGUUUGACUUUGUAUCAAGUUUCAAUUAAUGCGGUGUCAGCCAGAAGGAUAAAAUGUGAUUUUUGUAAAGAAGUUUCGCAAGCCCAGUAUCACUUAACGAUGUCUGACGCCACUAUACGCAAUUUCUGUUGCUAUAAUUGCGUGAUGAACUUUCAAAGUCAAUAUACGAAAUCUCCUAUUACAAUACCAUCUGGGGACGAUCAUCCUGUCCCUACUGGCGUGCCAAAAAGGACAUUACCUGCCAGGGCAAUCGCUCCGACACCUCCAAAAGCGCCAGAUGUUCAAACCAAGAAAAUUAUGCCCGUAAUAUCUUCGGUAACGAGUUUAGCAUCAAUAGGAAACGGUCAAGUUAGUCCAACUUCUCAACCAAGUACCGCGGGUGGUACAGUUGUUCCACCGUUAACUGUUCAAACUGUCUCGAGUCAGACACAAAUCGUUUACAAACAACAGAUCAUCACAAGACCACCUAGCCCAGUAAACAUUCACAAUAGGUCAACACAGUGUAAACCUCUCGUUCACACUAAGGGUGUAUCUGUGCGACCUCAUCCUUGUACAAAAUCAACGCAAACUGAUGAAAUUCAAAAGACCAUUAUUCCUAUUCCUGUGCCAAUUUAUGUUCCAUUUCCUAUAAUGAUGUACAAUAUGCCGUUUCCUGUUCCAACGCCAUUUCCCCUGCCAAUUCCUGUUCCCAUUUUUGUCCCAACGACGAGAAAUAGUGCUAAAGAUAUAAUGAAGGAUAUCAAAAGGAUACAGGAAAAAAUGCCGUCAGACCCUUUUGAAGCUGAAUUGCUUAUGAUGGCAGAGAUGGUUGCCACUGAAAAGAAGACUACUGAAAGUGACUCGGAAUCUGUUGAUGAAAACAGAGACUCGCCUGUAGAGGGACAUAAUAAUACACAUGGAGACAAUUACAGUCCAGAAUGUGUUGAUUCGAAUAAUACAUUUGGAGAAGACAUGUUACAAAUGGCUUUAAAAAUGGCGACAGGGGAAUUAGAUGAACCAGCAGUGGAUUUGGAAGCUGCUUUGACACCAAAUACUAUUACCCCAUCGCUCGUAUCAUCGCAGGCCGAAACUCAUGUUGAAAAUGACGUUCAACCAGAACGUCCCGUGUCUGCAACACGUGGUCGAAAACGCAUGGUUCCAUAUAAACCUCGGGCCACACCAAGUAAACGAGGGAGACGUGCAUCUGGUAUAAACGAUAUGCCUCUCAUGCCUCCUCCAGAGUCACAGUCUGCACAGCAAUCAAGAUUUAAUGAACCUGUCGAAAAGCCGGAUGCUAACAUGGCCCUCAAGUACACUUUUGGCGUCAAUGCUUGGAGACAUUGGGUUGUUACCAAGAACGCUGAAUUGGAAAAGCAAAAUACAUCAACGCGAAAGGUUAAACAGUUCAAAACAGAUCUUCUGCAACUGACAGCAGAUGAAUUAAACUAUUCUUUGUGUUUGUUCGUCAAAGAAGUUAGAAAACCAAAUGGAGCCGAAUAUGCCCCAGAUACAAUAUACUACUUAUGCUUGGGAAUACAACAAUACUUGUUCGAAAAUAACAGAAUAGACAAUAUCUUCACUGAUUCAUAUUAUGAAAAGUUUACGGAUUGCUUAAACGAAGUUGCAAAAAAGUUUUCAAUCCUUUACAAUGAUGCACAGUACAUUGUUACGAGAGUGGAAGAGGAGCAUUUAUGGGAAUGUAAGCAAUUAGGAGCACAUUCACCACAUGUAUUACUGAGUACACUUAUGUUCUUCAACACGAAACAUUUUAAUUUAGUGACAGUAGAAGAACACAUGCAAUUGUCAUUUUCACACAUAAUGAAACACUGGAAAAGAAAUCCAUCGGCACAGCCUGCAGCAAUUGCAGGAAAAGUUCCAGGCUCAAGAAACGUGUUGUUGCGUUUCUAUCCCCCUCAAUCUGCUUUAGAAGCUAAUUCGAGGAAAAAGAAGGUAUACGAACAGCAAGAGAAUGAGGAAAACCCGUUGAGAUGCCCUGUCAAGUUAUACGAAUUUUAUUUAUCAAAGUGUCCGGAGAGCGUAAAAACACGCAAUGACGUAUUUUACUUGCUACCUGAAAGAAGCUGCGUUCCAGAUAGUCCAGUGUGGUACUCUACUUCACCUCUUGCAAAGGAGCAUCUUGUGAAGAUGUUGUAUCGCAUUAAGAUGGUGAAAGAGAUCAAUAUUGCUCUUUUGAACAGUUAACUUGCACAUCCUACUCAAGGUCGCUGUCGCGGUCUUCCUUUUUAAAAAAUCGUUUUCCACCUUGUCUUAUGUUUCCAUUCGGAGUGAUGUUAGGAGGAAUUAAGUGCAUAUUUCAACAAUCGUUGAAACAGAUUGAAGAUACACUUUGUAAAGGAAUUCUGAUAACAGAAAUUAUCAUAUUCCUCGAAUUCGACAAGGGAAUAGAUAUGCAUCGUCCUUGAAAGAUUGAUUUGCUAGCCGCUAAAACAUUCAAUUUUCAUCACUAUCCUAGAAUAUAUGAUAAAUAGUUCAACCUCGGCAUAAAUACGUAAAGAUGUUGAACAAUUUAUACUCAUAAGUAUAUUUACUACGACGGUACUCUUAGUACGAAAAAUUGUAAUCCUUCAUCAGACUUUCACUUGCGAAUGUACAGUUGAAAACUUAUUUAACGUUCAAAGAUGAAAGAUCUUUGAAAAAUAAUUGUAAUCGUAUUAAGUAAUUUGAAAUAAUUGGUCGCUGUGAAUUCACAAAUAUUCCUUUUUGUUUAUCUCGAUGGACGCAAAUGCGUAAAUCUUCUAAAAACAAAACAGAUUAGCUUAAUAUAAUUUCUAUUAAUAUAAGAGCAAGACUUCAACAUCAAGAAUAGUUUCAUGAAAUAAAUCUUAUAACUAGACGUUAUAAAAAAAAACUAGACUCAUUUAUUGUAUUUGUUAAUUCAUCUAUUUAUUACAAUAUGGCCACACUAAUUAGCAAUCUUCACAUGAAAUGAAUUUAUAAAUAAUGUAUUUAAGAAGUAAUUCAAAUUGAUUUGUUUUAAAUUCUUUAAUACAAAACUGUCGAUAAUAGCGAUGAUUGCCAUAUAGUUUUUUAAAUUGAUAUCAAAUUAAAAAACAAAAAUGACUUAAAAAAUAGGAACCUAACAUGUAAAAGAGAAUUGUGUUCUUCGUACAUUGUAUGUUUCUUAUCCAGUUCCAGAGAAUUUGUAAUGAAUUUAUAAGAGUUGUAAACCUUUAUCCACCUAUGUAGAUGAAUGCAUGCCUUAAAUGAUACCCUUUUUAUACGUCAAAAUUUGAAUAUGUAAAUGCUUACUAGACUAAGAAAAUACAACAAUUUGCUAUUAAAAAA